CCACAUUUCUUCCUCUCAUGGUGGAUUGAAGCAGCGUUGUUUGUUCCUCCGAAGUAAACCUAGCUAUAUCUGUGUUUCUGUUUGCGACUGUGUGGGGUUAUAUGGACUAUAUGCACUUUGUUAUCGACUUUGAAACGAUGAAGUAAAUGCCAGACGACAGAAUUCAACCUCAAACGAAACUUUACUCUUGAAUAUUGGAGUUGUUAGCUUGUUAUGCUAGCUGGCUAACAGUGCUGCUUGUGUAAAAUGAAGACCUCAAACGGAAACACCAGUAUCAUGGACAUGUUUGAAAAGGGGAAGGUCCUGAAAAUAUGUGCUCCGAUGGUACGAUACUCAAAACUUGCAUUCAGGUCCUUGGUGAGGAAAUACAACUGUGAUAUCUGCUUCACCCCGAUGAUAGUUGCUGCAGACUUCAUGCGAUCGAUCAAAGCCAGAGAUAGUGAAUUCACCACCAAUGAGAGUGACCGGCCCCUGAUAGUGCAGUUUGCCGCCCAUGAUGCCCAGACUCUUGCUGAUGCGGCCUGUGUGGUAGCACCUUUCUCAGAUGGAGUUGACCUCAACUGUGGCUGUCCCCAGAGAUGGGCAAUGUCAGCUGGGUAUGGUGCAUGCCUCAUCAACAAGCCUGAACUUGUGAAGGACAUGGUCAGACAUGUCAGGAACCAAGUGGACAAUCCAAACUAUACAGCCUCCAUCAAAAUAAGAAUUCACAAGGACCUGAGGCGGACGGUGGAUCUGUGCCAGAAAGCUGAAUCAGCAGGUGUGUCAUGGAUAACAGUUCACGGCCGUACAGCAGAAGAGCGCCACCAGCCAGUCCAUUACGAUGCCAUAAAGACAAUCAAAGACAGCGUGUCCAUCCCCGUCAUUGCCAAUGGGGACAUAAAGUACCUCCGUGAUGUGGAGUCCACUCACCAGCUUACUGGUGUCGAUGGUAGGAGACCCUCACUAAAGAUGACGCUGCAAUGGACUGCUGUGGCCAUCUUUCUCUACGUGGAGAUAGGCGUCCUUGUCAUCCUCUGCAUACCCUUUAUCUCAGCCAGGAGGUGGCAGAGUAUAUUCCAGCUGAGGAUCUGGAGCUGGAUGGCCAGAUUCUGGAACAAAGUGUUUCUCACAAUGAUCAUAGUACUUAUUGUUCUCUUCCUUGAUGCAGUACGUGAGGUGAGGAAAUAUUCAUCCAGAGAGCUUGGCACAGAUGCCAAGGUGCAACCUAACAUGUAUGAUCACCUGCACAUGAAGCUGUUCAGAGCCCAGAGGAACCUCUACAUCUCUGGCUUUGCCGUCUUCCUUUGGCUGGUCAUGAAGCGAGUGGUCACCUUGAUCAACCAACUGGCAGCAGUGUCCGGCACUACAGCUGCUCUUCAGGCGCAGGCUGACAAUGCUAACAAGGCUGCCAAGAAAUACAUGGAGGACAAUGAGCUGCUGAAACAGACUCUGAUGGAGGGGAAGGGUGACAAGGCCACUGCAGAGGGCAUGGAGCUGCUGAGGAAAGAAGUGGAGAAACUGAAAGACGAACUGAAGACCUCAGGAGAUGCCUUGAAGAACUCCCAGUCAGAGGCAGAUGUGAUGAGGAAGCAGAUGGACGGCCUCGCCAGGGAGUACGACAGACUGCUGAAAGAACAUCAGGAGCUCCAGAAUCUUCAAGAUAGCGGGAACAAAAAGGAAGACUAGUUUUUGGAAAGUCCCCCGAGGUUGAAGUGUUUACACAGCAGAUUAGCCCAGCCACAGAGAGACACUGCAACACAUGCUUUACCUUCAUAUAUCGCCGUGUGUCAC